ACUCUUAGCUUCCGCUUACCCCUGUAUAUACACUGGUAGAGAGUAAAUGUGGCAACGAUGCAGUUGACGUUGGUGACGGAGCUAAGCCAGCUGUGUGCUGUUGACAUCGACCCUGACAUGAAGCUUGAAAACGUGAUGCCUUUGCUAGAGGCAGAGUAUGCUACCCAGCGAACAAAGCAUCUCGCACCACAGACACGAAGUGAUAGAUCCCGGGCCCAAGGCUACCGUUCGGGCGCAUGGCUCGGCCUUCAAUGUACGCAUAGAUCCACGACUUAUCAGACAAUUACAAGAGCUGCUGCCUCCCAGUUCAAUCCAACACAUUUUGCAGAGCUCCUGCGACAGGAGCGUGAUCGCGCACAACAAACUGAACUUGAUCGACAGUGCAAGAUUUCGACUCUCAACACUGACCUAUUCGAUGUCGAGGCACAGCGUCGUACUGAAGAAGCUAUCCGUCAGCAGGCUGUCAUGGAAAACAUGGAGCAUGCGCUUGAGAUCCUCCUGAAAUUGCAUCACGAAGUGUUUAGGUGGUUUGAUUAGUUCAUUGGGCUUUCUUGGGCAUAGAAGUCCGUUUUUUGAUAAUUGGUAGAACACAUUUUCUGAUGUUUUGGAGCGUCAGUUUUGGGCGUUUGUGACACUUGACUACUAGGGUUGGGCGAGCCGGCUAUGACCUUGCUUGCGUUUUAUUUUGUGCGUGUAUAGGUGAAUAUUUGGCUUUCUCAAGCCCUCCUUUUUUCAAAUAGUUGCCCAAGUUGAUACCCUUCCGGUAAUGACUCCGACGAAGGGAGUCUGUUGUUUCAUCACUCAGUUACACAGACGGACGCAAAUGAC